ACCAUAGAUACUGUAAAAGUCUAUAGCUAGCUGGUCUACCAUACAUCAUAAUCAACAUAAUUAUACCUUAUAAAAUGGAAGUGGUAAGUGCAAAUGCCAUAGCUAUAAUUAUAUAAUUAUAUAGUCAUGUUAAAUUCAUAAUGCAUGAUUGUUGUUUCUUCCCACAUGUACAUCUGCAAUGGUAUAUGUUUCAGGGAACACCAUAUGGAGGAUCUAAACAGAUUCCUGAGAGCAGAGGCCUCUUUGUCAUCAUCCUUCUUGCCGACAUGCUCAACACAAUCAUUCGAGAGAUCAUCAUCGUUUCCAAUAGUGAUCAAGAAACAAGUGCUCUCGUAGCAGUGAUUAUGUUUGGACUCGUCGCUGUACUUUUCUUUGGCACACUCGCUUGUGGUCACUUCAUCUACUUGUGUGUAUACAAGCAUCAUUAUUCGAGCUUUAUAGUCUCAGCUAUUCAAACUCUUGGAGCAUUGCUUUAUUUUUACGGCGACAACAUUACAUACAUUCUUGGACAGUACGGGCCGGAACUUGGUUGUAACGAAGACUGUGUUACUAGCAACCGCAUUGCUGCUUCGUUUUCCCUCGGAAUGGCUCUAAUCAUCUUCCAACUUGUACCUUCUUUGAUACACAAGCUUAUAAAAAUAACGAAAGGAAAAUCACAGAAGGACUCUUAUCCAAAUUGGUUAGCUGCUAUUGACAUGGUUACGGUGUUGGUGAAAAUGGACACACUCUUCUCUGCUGUUGUAGUGAUGGUCGAGUCACCUGAAUUUUGUAGCAGGUCCGACAUUGCUACAAGUGUAUCUUUCAUUAUUGCCUGCAUGUUCAUUGGCAUCGUUGCCGAAAUAAUCUACUGGCUGUAUGCGUUGUAUUCCAACAAGGACAAAGACAGAAUGUUUACUGGCUUGGUUACAGCUGGUCUGGUUGUCAUGAUAAUCAGUUUCCCAAUGUACAUAUUAGCAGACAACCAUCAACCGCUAGAUUGUGCUUUUGGCUGCGACUCCUUUGCUGCUAAUAGGACAAUCAACACCAUGAAUUGCAACAGGGCAGCCAAUGCUAGUACAAGGAUUGGAUUCACCACAAUCACAUUUACUCUGAUCGCUAUCGUCUCUCCUAUUUACUUUAUCUGCCAAAAACGCAACUCUAAGGCUGUGAAGGCUACCACCAAAGAUAUUAAAAUGCUUGAAGUUAUAGCUUGAGCAAUGAAAUGAAUGAAUACCGUAGGUAUAGAUAGAUGUAUUAUAUCCACAUAAAGAUCUGGUCUAUUGUUCCAAAAUUUAUCUAUAGUAUUGUGGUUUAUGUAAACUGUUACACUUAUAUCUCAAGUGGGUUUUCUCAAGUGGGUUUUUUGGAAUUUACUAUUUGCCCCAAACUUCCAAGUGAGCUGCAAGGGCAGUACAUACAUGUAAUCAUGCAUGUUAACAUACAUGUAUCAAAAUGGCAAUAAUGAUGAUGCUGCUGUAUGUAUCUGGUACACACUGCAUGUAUUUGCACGUAUUGGGUGUUGAACACAUGUUAGCUCUAGGAAUUACAAAAAUGCAUACAAUUAGAUGAAAUGGGAUGGUACAACUUAGAAUGCACAUGCUACAAGAACACCAUGAUCGAGGUACGAGCCCUUUUACAUACUGCAUAAUUUGGUACACUUCAUGUAAAUAAACAUACAAGUCAUAAAGUGAGAAAUUAUCUUAAAAAUGAACACAAUUAUACAUAAUAAGACGUACACUGUCAGCAGUUCGGACAUUAAAUGCAUCAUCUUCUCCAUCUGCGUGUGUACAAAAUUGAUAGAGAUGAGGAGAAAGUCAGGUUUUGUCAUUAAUUACAUGAAGUGCAGAGUAGGGCUUGCCUAAAAUGUCGGGCGUCGCCGCCCUCGAUCAUUGCACGGAAGGAGGUUAGGAAUCAGGCCACCCAUAGUUUUGUUUUGGCCUGUUGCGCAAUAGUACCAUGAAAUCAUUCAUUCUAAGUGGGUGCUAUAGCCAAUAGCAAUGAAUAUCAUUUAUUAAAGCGGGUGGUUGACCACGUCUCUAGCAUGUGCAAAAUUCACACGUGGUAAAGUUGAGUAGGUGUGAUCAAUCCACUUGAGACACUGCAAUCUGAUUGGAGCUGGUGGAAUUCCACAGAACAACACUUUCGAUAGGUUUGAUUCCCUAUAAUGUCCUUCCGUGCAACGGUCGAGGGCGGCGAUGCCCGACUAGGUAAUACCUACAUGUACACUGUCAAUCAUCAGUAAGAAUUAAGUGCAUAAUUAAAGUAUCUAUUUUUGUGUGUACAUGAUCUGCGAUACACUCAGAACACUCUUCAUACAAGUACUGUACAUGUAUUGGUACACAAUUUAACUUUUACGAAGCCAAUGAAUUUAGAACCUGAAAGUUUAUAUACGUUUGAUGCUUGUAAAACUUUGCAGUAAUUAAUACGUAGUUAUUGCACAAUCGUAAAUGUAAACAGGUACUCACAAUUUGAGUACUUUGUCACGUCCUCCGCUGGCCACUUUCUCACCGUCAGGACUCCAAUCUACAGAAAACACCUCGUCUGCGUGACCGGGCAGAUCCAUUAGUAAUUUCCUCUCUCGAAUAUUCCACACCUAGACAAUGUACAAUAAUUACGUUUACAUCAUCAUUAUGAAUUAAUACGUAUACAGUUGCACUGUGUACAUCUAAACCAAGAAAUUAUCUUAUGCAGAUCGAGCAUAUAAAAAUUGGAUUUAAACAAGUAACAAAGUACUGGUCCUGGCAUAACUAGAACCUGGAAUCCAAGGCACUCCCAAAUAAUCACUAUGAGUACACCAGCUUCCUACAAUGUAUUUAGGAGCUAGUAUAUACAUGUAACGUGACUGUAAGGUGUAUGCAUACAGACUGAGUAGAUUACCUUUAGUGUACUGUCAGAGCUGCCACUGCACAGAAGUCGACUGUCUGCUGACCAAGCAAUCUGCAGCAGAGAUAACUGCCAUGACACCAGCAAUUUACACACACAUGGACUGACCUACUGACCUGAUACACUGCACUGACAUGACCUCUUAGACUAGACAAAAACCUGCAAUGCAAUACAAAGUGAAAAAUGUGGAGCAAGAAUUGUAAGCUAGGUUGAUUGAUAACACAGCUAUAGUCACUCUGUGUUCAUAAAUUCAUUUGUGUGGUCACUAAAACUGUUUCAGUAUUUUUUAAAGCCUACUAGGAUUGGCACUACUUCGAUGUGUAGCUUAAUUGCCUUUUCACUUGAUGUGUAGCUUAAUUGCCUUUUCACAUACUUCCCCAUGUAAUUGUAUCUCAGACUGAAAGGCUAUAAUAUUAUUUGUACAAUGGUCACACCACACCUAUAAACAGGCCAUAUAUCAAAGCUAGGUCACCAUCGCAGUAUUAUUCAUGUCAUAACCACAUUAAACAGCUAUAGAAUUCCGUAACCACGGCAUUCUCACUGGAAUAUAUGACUUUACACUAAUGACACCACAGACAGCCCAUAGAUAUAAUUAUAGUCCAAGGUUCAGAGCAGUAGAAUAUGAAUCUAGUACUGACUUUUUUUGACUACUACAGUUCUUGUGUAACUGCUGCCAGCAAAAGACAUGGAGCCAAGCUACAUUCUUCUUACACUGGAACUAUUGGAUGUCUUACCACUGGCUACUUUGUAUGCAGCUUUUGGCAUGGUUCUAUAUCUUAGUAUUGCCUUCAUAUAUCCUAUCUACAUUACAUACCGUGUAACCUGUGGUCAAAGGAGACACAAAGCUCCAAAGGAGAAGAAUAAGGAAAAGCCUAACACAAAGGUGAGAAGGAUCAACCAGUGGAUAGCAGAGAAAGUGAACACAAUAGUAUUCACUCUGUAUGGAGAAUCAGACAAAAACAUAACAGCUUUUCUCAAGAAAGAGAGUCAAUAUGGAGUCAAAGAGAUGGACGAUAAUUGGAGACAAACUCAACUAUCGUGGCUUGCUCUAAUGUUGAGGCUGAACGCAUUCACACUGCUAAUGAGCUCUUUACUAGCUCUAUGGGAGAGGUUUCUUAUUGAGAGGACAAUCGAAUGUGACGACAAGAAAAUAUGCUUUAUAGGAACCACAGAUGCUACGAGGGGUUGGCAGAGAACACCUAUCACUAGUUGUGAUAAUGUGACUGAAACCGAUCGAAUUAUCUGCUUUGAAUUUGUGUACAGCGUGGGGGAUGCUGUUGGCUUGGCAGGAGGUACUCUAACGUACGGCAUCUACACGAUGAAGUUUGGUGGUAUGAUUAUACUAGCCUGCUAUAAAGUGCUCAAAAGAUGCUGUAAUCAAAGAGCCUAUCGACUGAUAGCCAUCAUUAUCCAGCAAUCUCCUGUUAUCAUUUUGCUGGUAGCUGCAGCCCUUUCAAUGGCUUUUGUAAGGUACAGAGAUUUUGCCGUCUAUGGAACUUUUAUAGAGGCGUUUGGGAUUGCAUCAAUUUUCGUACUAGUCGUUGCUACCCCGUGGAGUGUGCUGGUUAAUGAUGAAGAUGAAAAAAAGCCCGACGUAGAAGGCACAAAAGAGAAAGAAGGUGAUGACUCGAAACAAGAGCACAAUCAAGACAGCCAAAUAGAAAAACAUCGAUCGUAUGAAGACUUAGUGGUGAAAGUCGUUGAGUUAAACCUUUCAGAUUCGGAGACAGAGAACAAGAAUGACACCACUUCCGAGACUCCAGUGUAAUUUAUAUAAUCUAUGAGACCGUUUUUGUAGCAUUAUAACCAUGCAUGUGAUAAUUAAGAUAACUAGAA